AAAGAAGAGUACUUGGACCAGUGCUAGAAUUUACAUGAUAUACAUAUAUAUGCUGUGUUCUCCAGAUCUAUCACAGGCAAUACAAGCAGUGCAAUUAUGGAUAAAGUAACUGGACAACACAGACCAGGUUUAGUCCUUUGGAAAAAUCUACAUAUGUUGCCCUUCAUCAUACUUUGGCAAGUUAUAUUUCACUGCACCACUAUUCAAGGCUGGACAUACAACUACUCUACUGAUAUUAUGACCUAUGAGAAAGCCAGGACAUACUGCCAAAAUCAUUACACUGAUCUUGUGGCCAUUCAAAAUAAAAGAGAAAUUGAACACCUUUUAGAGAUCAUGCCUCGAAGCAAAUCCUACUACUGGAUAGGGAUAAGAAAAAUUGAGGGGAAAUGGACUUGGGUUGGAACCAACAAAACCCUUACCACUGAAGCAGAAUACUGGGCACAAGGGGAGCCAAACAAUAAAAAGAAGACUGAGGAUUGUGUAGAGAUAUACAUUAAAAACGGGAAGGGUGCAGGAAUGUGGAAUGACGACUCUUGCAUGAAAAAAAAGCAUCCACUGUGUUAUACAGCUUCAUGCAAUGAAUUUUUAUGCGGUGGCCAUGGAGAAUGCAUUGAGACAAUUAAUAAUUACACUUGUAGCUGUGAUGAAGGAUUUUUUGGUACCAAUUGCCAGUAUGUGGUAAAGUGUCCAACUCUAACAGAUCAACCCUUUGGAUUUAUCAGCUGUUCACAUACAUGGGCAGACUUCAGCUUUCUAUCAUCAUGCAGCUUUAGUUGCAUUGAAGGAUUUGUACUAGAUGGAGCUAACAAAACGGAAUGCUUGUCUUCUGGCAUAUGGAGCUCUCCAUCUCCCCAGUGCAAAGCUGGCAAGUGUGAAGAUUUCAGGAUUCCUAAACAUUGCUUAGCCACAUGUAACCACUCACUGGCAGAGUACAGCUAUAACUCAACUUGUGAAUUCAAAUGUUCUGAGGGAUUUCAAUUAUAUGGCUCUACUGUGACAACAUGUGAUUCAUCAGGUCAGUGGACAAAGCCUACUCCAACAUGUGAAGCUGUAAAAUGUGAAAAUCUCACAGCUCCUGGAAAUGCCUCUAUGAAGUGUGAACAUCCAUGGGCUCAGAACAGUUAUAACUCAACGUGUACAUUCCAAUGUCCAGAGGGAUGGAUCUUAGAAGGCUCUAAGAAAACAGUAUGUAGAUCAUCUGGUCUAUGGUCAGAACCUGCCCCAAUGUGUAGAGUGGUGCAGUGUAAGCCUCUGGAAAUAGAAUAUGGAUUUAUAAAUUGCUCACACCCAUUGAGAAGCUUCAGCUUUGGGACAGAAUGUGAGUUUACCUGUGAUAAAAGACCGGACAUGUCAAAUAAAACCAUAUGUCUGGCGACUGGUCAGUGGUCUAAAGAUGUACUUGUAUGUGAAGGUAUGAGGACUUAUCAGCACCCUCAAUCAAACCUUGGAAAAAUAUUGCUUAUAAUUGUAGGAGCCACAGCUGGAACCAUGUUUACUCUCACAUUUGCUGUAUGCCUUCUUAGCCGUCAUAGAAAAAAAGCUAAAAGAACUAAAAGGAACAGCGCAUAUUAAAAUAUUUAGAAGCUUUCCACGUAUGAGAGUGUUCAAAUCAAGAUUUUACUAUAUGUCUUUUUUUAUUCUGGCUUUUUUGUGAAUGAGGUAUA